AGGCCCCAGGGGCCAUGCCCUCGCGGCGUGCACCCCUGGCGCUGUGCGCCGCGCUGCUGGCCCUGGCCGCCCCAGUGCACACGUGCGUCGAGGCGUUGCUGGCGAGCGCCAUGCAGCUCUGCCUACAGCAGUUCGAGCGGCGCAUGAUGGCCCUGGGGCCCCGCGCCGACUGGUGCACCUGGGAGCUGUCGGCCAGGUGGUACGGCGAGCUCACCAACUGCACGCAGGCCGCGUCGCGACGCCGCGGCUGCUUCUGGCCCAGCGCCGCCGUGGACCGCUUCUUCGCCGGCGCUCACCGCGCGUUCUUCUCCGAGUGCCCCUGGGAGGACACCGCGCCCGCCGACCCGCCGCCCGCGCUGCUCGCGCUGCUCAUCGCCGCGCCCGCGCUGCUCGUGGCCACCGCCACGGGGCUCAUCGUGUGGCACAGCAAGCGGCGGGAGGGCGCCAUCUGACGACACGGAGCGUCGUCGCACGGAGCGACGGUCGUCGAUGGUGACGACGGCGGUGCCGCCGCCGCCGCGGAAGAUGCGGGUGGCGCGGUCUGCACGGAGGAAGGCGAGGAAGAGGGCACGGGGACGUGACACGACGGAGCGACGAGCGCGCGUUACGGGUUCCGAUUGUCAAUCCACCGCUGGACGAGGGCCCGGCCCGCACACGGCGUGAUCGGGGAGGGUCGUGGGACCGCGCGGCGCCACGCUGGCUGCGCGGUGCCGGUCGGUGAAGGCGGGGAGCGUCCAGAUGGACUCGAUGGGUCGACGAGUCGAGGCAUCGAGUCGUGCCAAGCUGGGUGCACGCACGCUCUCGGGCCAGGCCGACCCUCGCCUCCCCAUCAGCUCCAGCCGAUCCGCAGCACACGCCGAGCCGGGCGUCAAGAGAGCGCAUCGCGUCGUCGCAGCAACAACAACAGCAACAACAGCAACAACAACAACAAACCGUGUGUAGGAGAUGCCCGCCGCUUUAUAUUGCGGGUCAGGCGCCUUGGCUUUGGUCCCAAGGGAGAUGGCGGCCCCAGGGACAUUCACGCGGAC